UGUACGAGGGCGAGAUGGAGCGAGCUCAGGGUCAGCUGGAGGUGGAGAUGCAGAACCUGGAGGAGGAGAAGAACCGCGUCAUCGAGGAGGCGUUCAUCAGAGCCGAGAGCGAGAUGAAGGCGGUCCACGAGAACCUGGCGGGGGUGCGUAUGAACCUGCUGAGCCUGCAGCCGGCGCUCCGGACUCUCACCUGUGACUAUAACUGUCUGAAGCGGCAGGUGCAGGAGUUUCCCUUCAUGCUGGAUAAAGCCAUCAGCGAGGCCAAGCAGGAGAUCUGUCAGGUGAUCAGCGAUGUGAGCAGCACCAAUCAGGAGCUGCUGCGGAAAUACAAGAGAGAGAUGAACCUGAGGAAGAAAUGUCACAACGAGCUCGUUCGACUCAAAGGUAACAUCCGUGUUUUCUGCCGCGUCCGGCCCGUCAGUCAGGAGGAGCAGGACUCCGCCGACGCCAAAACCAUGCUGAGCUUCGACUCGGAUGACGACGCCGUCCUCUACCUCUCCAACAAGGGCAAAAUUAUGACUUUCGAGCUGGACAAAGUCUUCCCUCCUCAGGCCACGCAGGAAGAGGUGUUUCAGGAGGUGCAGUCGCUGGUCACUUCCUGUAUCGACGGCUUUAACGUCUGCAUCUUCGCCUACGGACAGACGGGCUCGGGGAAAACCUACACCAUGGAG